AUGACCGCGCCCGACUCGCCGAGCUAUGUAGUACGCGCCCGACUCGCACUGGGAUUUGGGUUUUUCCUGAUGCUGACAGCCAUCAUCGGGAGUCUUGUGCAACUGUUCUUCGCGUGGCGCGUCAAGGUCCUCACGAACAACACCCUUGCCGUAGUCGUCAUUGUCGCGUGCUCCAUCACUCAGCUUCGAACCUCGAUCGCCACCCGUAUGAUGCCCGAGUUCGUUGAGUUCCGGAGGUUCAAAAUCAUCGUAUUCUUCUGGCUGAUUGCCUCCGCCGUGGCCGAUUGCUUGAUCACGUUCGUUCUGGUUGGGUACCUGCGCCGCCACAAGACUGGAUUUGGCCCAACAGACGACUUCGUGAACAAGACCAUUCGAUUAACCGCUCAAACAGGCCUCAUCACAGCCGUCUGGGCCAUCGUCGACCUGGUCGUAUUCUUGGCGAGUCCUACAGGUGUCCACCUGAUCUUCAACCUCUCGCUCUCGAAGCUCUACACCAACUCGCUCAUGUCGAGCCUCAACUCCCGCUCCGGAUGGAAGUACGGCUCGAACAGCAGCGGGCCCAUCACGGGCUCGAACUUCAGCAACCGCCGGAACGGCGAGGGAAGCCAAAUAACCCCGAGCCAGGUGUACAUCGACGUGGAGUCGCACGAGAUGGUGGACGGCGCCGACGCCAAGGGCGUGUACCCACCGGAGCCCGCGCUGUGCCCGCACGAUUACACGAAGAGCUCGCAGUCAUAUUACGCGUCCUGUUUCGUCCUCUUCCUCAUCGUCGCACUCGUCCGCCUCCUCCAGCGGGAGUACGACCGCAGCCGCCUAAGGUUGCCCGUGCAAGCUUUGACCUGA